AUGGAUCCUGACUCCUCCAUCGUCUCAUACACACCGGACCAAACGUCAGACCACGAAGAGAUGUCGGAAUGGAACCCCGAUGGACACGGCCUGGUCUCGGGUUUGUUGGGGCAGAAUGUGGUCCUGCUAGGGGGCGCUCUUUUGAUGGGAAGAGCCCUGAGUGAACAGGGCGUCCUGAGCUGGGAGCCAGAGGUGCUGUUGUUGCUGCUGAUGUCACUCAGUGUGGUCUGGAUGCUCUGGUUCAUUCUGCGUGACUCCAAAAGACCCGGAUCCAGGCCUCACCUGGACCACCAUGCUGGAGGAGUCGCUGCCCUCUUGGUGCUGGUGCUGUUCGCGGGGCUCAGUGUUCUUCUGUGUGUGUUCAGACUGGGCCUCGACGUCACCAUGAGACACUGUAAACCGCCGGAGCAGCUCGCCACCCCCGUCAUAGAGAUCAUGUUCCUCUGUCUGCAGACAUACUUACUAUGGGUUCAUUCCAAGGACUGCAUUCACAUCCACAAAGUCAUCACAAGGGCUGGUCUGAUGCUGGUUCUAUCCACUGACUUACUCCUGUGGUUCAAUGCUGUGACAGACGACACCAUUCACCUGGAGAUAGAGCUGGACAAACAGGACGGACACAAAUCAGAGACCAUCAGCUCCAAUUUUGACUCUGACCCUUCUUGCCGCUGCAGCUCGGACCCCACAUGUGACAUUUUCCAGAAGAGCUUUGAGGUUCUUUUCCCCUUCUCCGUGGAGUACUACCUCAUGUCUGCAUGCAUGAUCUACAUCCUGUGGCAAAACGUGACUCGCAUCGUCUCACCUCACCACCACGAGGAGAACAAAGUCAGCCUCAAAAGCAUCUUGAAAGGAAGAAUCAUUUAUGGACUUGUAUUUGGAGGUUUUGUCCUGGCAGCUGGGGUUAUAAUUUUAUUUUUGUACCAAGUUUGGGUGAGACAGUCCCAUCUCAGACUCACGGCGUUUGUGUUAUUCUAUGGGUAUCAUUUAGUGGUGAUGCCAGUGAUGUCUCUUUGCUCGGUUGUGGGUUUGCUGGUCCAUCGUUUGGAAAGGAGAGCAACCAAAGGAGGACAUAACCCCACCAGGAGCUUGGAUGUCCUGCUGUUAUCCGUCACUGCUUUGGGGCAACUGGCUUUGUCUUAUUUGUCGUUGGCGGCGGCGUUUGCGAUCGGGGCCGAGGGCGUUUUGGGGCAGCUGGACUUGACCUAUUCCCUGCUGAGUCUGGUGGAGCUGGUCCUACAGAAUGUCUUUAUGAUCGAAGGGCUGCACAAACAUCCCAAUAUCAAGAAGAAGCCAAAACGCUCCAUGUUUAAGCUGAAGAGGAAAUCCACUGAAUCAGAGGAGAGACAAACUGUGGUCAAACCUUUGAAUGGAAAACCAGCGCCACCUGUUGACCCAAACCAAGGACAAAAAAAGACCUGGACCAAAAGACUAAAACAAGAAAUCUGCAUCUUCCUUGUCAUUUGCAACGUUGUGUUGUGGAUAAUCCCGGCGUUUGGAGCGCACCCGCAGUUUGAGAGCGGUUUGGGGAAGCAGUUUUUUGGCUUCAGCGUUUGGUUUGUUGUGAUGAACGUGGGACAGCCGCUCUCCGUCUUCUACCGCAUGCAUUCGGUGGCGGCGCUGAUGGAGCUGUUCGUCACCGCGACAUGA